GCAGGAAAGGGUAAAGAAGUGAGAGGGGUCGCCAACAAGAGCGUUUUCAUGGACGCACAACAGAGUAAUGGAGCCUCCUUCGCAGACCCCAGAGAAGAAGAAGGGAAUACAACAAGGUGGCAUUACAAUAUUUCUGUCUUUGUGUAUAUACCUCUUCCCUGGUCUGGUGCAUGUGUGUAUACGUGUCCACGUGUGCUCUCUGUGUUAUUCUUCAUAGACGCUGACACCACGGUCUACAUGAAUUUCAUGAAGAGCCACUGCUGCUACAACGCCAUUCCAACCAGCUGCAAACUGGUCAUAUUUGACACCAAGCUACAAGUGAAAAAGGCUUUUUUUGCACUGGUGGCAAACGGCUUGAGAGCUGCUCCUCUAUGGGACAGCGAGCUGCAAAGAUUUGUGGGCAUGCUGACGAUUACGGAUUUCAUCAACAUCCUCCACUGCUAUUACAAGUCUCCUCUGGUUCAAAUGUACGAGCUGGAGAGCCACAAGAUUGAGACAUGGCGAGGUGAUUCAUUUCAAAAUGUCUUCCUACAGUAUUCCAAUCACUUCCUCAUUAGUAUUUCCCCAGAGGCCAGCCUCUUUGAAGCCACCUAUUCCUUACUCAAACACAAGAUCCACAGGCUGCCCGUCAUCGAUCCUGAGUCUGGAAACGUCCUGCACAUCCUGACCCACAAACGAAUCCUCAAGUUCCUCCAUAUAUUCGGUAAAAAAGUUCCCAAGCCUGCGUUCAUUCGGAGGCAGAUCCAGGAGCUUGGGAUCGGGACGUUCAGGAACAUCGCCACCGUUCAACAAAUGGCGCCACUUCACGAGGCCCUCGCCAUAUUUGUAGAGCGGCGGGUGUCUGCACUGCCGGUGGUGGACGAACAGGGUAAAGUGGUGGCGCUCUACUCGAGAUUUGAUGUGAUUAAUCUUGCAGCCCAGAAGAGUUACAACAAUCUGGACAUGACGAUGCUGGAAGCCGUUCGCAGGCGCGUGUGUUUCGUCGAGGGAGUUAUCAAGUGCUAUCCCUAUGAAACCUUGGAGACAAUCUUAGACCGGAUUGUCAGCGCUGAGGUCCAUCGGCUGGUCCUGGUGGACAGGGCAGAUGUGGUGAGGGGCAUCAUCUCUCUGUCUGACCUGCUGCAGGCCAUGGUCUUAUCCCCUGCAGGUAUUGACACCCUUUUGUCCUAGCACCAGACGACAGGGGGGUCCCCUUCCCUCCUUUACUGCUUUGUGUAGGCAUGAGUCCUGGCCAUGUGCUCAGGCAGCUCGGCCCUGGAGCCCCUCUUCUGUCCCAGCCUGUUGUCUCUCUGACCCCUCACAUCAUCUUGUCAUGCACAAAAGAAAACAUCUUCCACAUUUGGCGGAGCGCCUUAACAAGCAGAUGACCAGAUCUUGCAGCCGGAACACGAGACAUGUGCAUGUGCUUCCAGUCAAGCAAGCAGGGACCACCUUUUGUUUUUUGGUCUCAUGACUGAGUGGAACGACAGCAGCUUCCCUUCAUGUCUUUCAGAAAUCGCCAUCUGAUUAAAAUGAGAGAUCACAAGAGGAAGAAAAAAAACUUUUUGCCUGUGCUGCUCUUUACAUGAAUAUAAUGUCUGGGCCUGUGUUAUACUCAAGCAUUGAUAUUGUGAUGAAUCUCUGUAGGUCUUCUCCUGCACUGUUAUUGGCUGCAUUUUGAUCAAAUUGAUCAAUAUUUGUUUACUCAAUAAGAUAUAUUUCUGUAUUAAACAUUUAUAGCAAAA